AUGACGAUCACGACGACGCAGACACUGAAUCAGAAGGCAGCCAAGAAGGGCGGAAAGGAGCGCGCUCCGAUCAUUCCCAAGGAGAACGCCCCCUUCACUCUGGGCCAGAUCAAGGGCGCCAUUCCUCCGCAUCUCUUCAAGCACAGCAUGCUCAAAUCCUUCAGCUAUCUGGGCGUGGAUCUGCUGGAGAGCACCAUCUGGCUCUUCCUCAUCCUCUACCUCGACGGCCUCACCAAGGAGAACACGCUCCUCAACUGGACUUGCUGGGUUGCGUACUGGCUCUACCAGGGUCUGACCUGGACUGGCAUUUGGGUGCUGGCCCACGAGUGUGGCCAUGGCGGCUUCGUGGCGCAGGAGUGGCUCAACGACACGGUCGGCUUCAUCUUCCACACCGUCCUCUACGUGCCCUACUUCUCGUGGAAGUUCUCCCACGCCAAGCACCACCACUACACCAACCACAUGACAAAGGACGAGCCCUUCGUGCCCCACACCAUCACCCCUGAGCAGAGGGCCAAGGUCGACCAGGGCGAGCUGCCCCACCCCAACAAGCCCUCCCUCUUCGCCUUCUACGAAAGGUGGGUCAUCCCCUUCGUCAUGCUCUUCCUCGGCUGGCCGCUCUACCUGUCCAUCAACGCCUCUGGCCCUCCCAAGAAGGAGCUUGUGUCCCACUACGACCCCAAAGCCAGCAUCUUCAACAAGAAGGACUGGUGGAAGAUCCUUCUCUCUGACCUCGGCCUUGUGGCGUGGACCCUGGCCCUCUGGAAGCUGGGCGAGACCUUCGGCUUCGGUCUCGUGGCCGCCCUCUACAUUCCGCCCGUGCUGGUGACCAACUCCUACCUGGUGGCCAUCACCUUCCUCCAGCACACCGACGACAUCCUGCCCCACUACGACGCCACCGAGUGGACCUGGCUCAGGUUGGCCUCCCUCUUCAUCGUCAUCGUCAUCAUCAUGGGUGCUCUCUGCACUGUUGAUCGUUCGCUGGGCUGGUUCGGCGACUACAAGACGCACCACAUCGUCGACACCCACGUGACGCACCACAUCUUCUCGUACCUGCCGUUCUACAACGCCGAGGAGGCCACCAAGGCCAUCAAGCCCGUGCUCAAGGAGUACCACUGCGAGGACAAGCGUGGCUUCUUCCACUUCUGGUAUCUGUUCUUCAAGACCGCCGCCGAGAACAGCGUUGUCGACAACGAGACCAACAAGAGCCCCGGCAUCUUCUACUUCUUCCGGGAGGAGAUCAAGCACGGCAAGGCCCACUAG